AUGAAGCAGGGAGAUCUAUCCAUCACUACAUAUUUCACUAAAUUUAAGGGAAUUUGGGAAGAACUUGAUGAGUUCAAACAAAUUCCAUCCUGUGACUGUGGAGCAUCAUGCUCAUGCUCAUGUGGACUGAAGAUCAUCAGAGAAUAUAGAGACCAAGAACAUGCUGUUAGAAUUUUGAGAGGGUUAAAUGAUCAGUAUACAACAGUAAAAUCACAGAUUAUGUUGAUGGUGCCACUGUCCAGUGUGAAUUCCAUCUAUUCUUUACUUUUGCAACAAGAAAGACAAUUAAGCAACUCAGAUCAAAGUGAAGAAAGGAUGCUAGUUAAUGUUGUCAAUAUUGGAGGAACUGGUAAUGAAAACAACAGAGAAUUUGGUAUGACCUUGAAUGCAAAUUCUAGUAUCACAAAUCGAGGUGGCAGAGGUGGACGUGACCGAGGCCGAGGCAGAGUUAGUAGUGGAAGAGAAAUGAUGAGAAGUUGUUCUUAUUGCGGAAAGGCUGGACACACCAUAGAGACUUGCUACCAUAAGCAUGGAUUUCCUCCUCAUUUGCAAAAGAAAUUUGGAGUAGCAAAUGUGAACAAUAUGAUUGUUGCUGAAAAAAUAUGUGUAGAUGGCAACGUGACUGAUGUGCAUUCAACUCAAGAGGAGAAUAGUAAAAGCCUAGACAACUUGUUUUUCGAAGAUAAAAAACAAGCAUUGAUUUCUCUAUUCCAACAACAUAAAGGUGAUCCUGCUCAUAGUUCUCUUCAAACACAAGCCAUAAACACAAUGAUAGCUCCUUCAGCAGGUAUAUACCAUAUUUUAUCAGUUUCUCACAUUCCUUUGCACACACAUGACUGGAUAAUUGACACUGGUGCCACUGCACAUGUUACUUUUUCUCUUGAUACUUUUCACUCUCAUCACACAAUAGAUCCUAUGUUAAUCAAAUGUCCAAAUGGAACUGAGACCACAGCAACAAUUAGUGGAACUAUAAUUUUAACCCGUGAUUUUUACCUUACAAAUGUGUUAUAUGUGCCCUCUUUCAAUUUUAAUCUCAUAUCUGUGUCUGAAGCAACUGAUUUUUUACCUUGUCAAUUUUUAUUUAACAAUACACAUUGUGAGAUACAGGACAAUCUUUUCUUGAAGAUGAUUGGUCAUGCUAGACAAAAAGGUGGCUUGUAUAUCUUCAAUACAGAUGCAAUUUAUGUCAACUUAGGAGCAAAGAAUAGAGAACUAGUCAACACCAGCAAUUCAGUUAGUGUUGCUGCUGUCACAUAUACUAUAAAUCAUGAAACUUGA